CAAUAUCAUAUUUUUGUGAGAUGGUAAACAGUAUAAUUCUAUUUGUCUUAUCUAGACUAAUACAUUAAUAUAAUCCAUUUGUGGAUUUUAUUUGAUGCAAGAUUGUAUAGGCUACUGAAUUUUUUUUUUCUUUUUUCUUUUAAGUAGAACCUCAUAAUAUAACUGGCUACAUCAGUAUAAUGGGAAUUAAAUAUCUCAUUUAAUAGUUUGGGCCUAAUCUUUUAUAUACGGAUAGAAUAAGACGUCAAUGGACAAUUCCAGAAAAUAUAAGGAAACAAAGGAGGGAAUGCAUAAAUGGGAAAAAAAAAUGCAAUUUCUGCUUACUUGUCACACUUAAAAUCCAGACACAGGGCAAAGAAGACGACACCGUUCACUAAUGGUUAGGUUGAGAUAAUCCAACGGCGCCAUUAAACGCUGCGUUUUAUUCGUCACCUUCGUUUCCAUUACCUUAGUUCCCAAGUCAUCGCUCCUACUUUCCAUGCUGUCUACUCCAAAACAGCUCCAUUCCCUAAACCACUAAAGAGCAAUGGAUCCUUGUCCUUUCAUCCGUCUUACAAUCAGUAAUCUAGCUCUGAAACUUCCUUUAGCGGCGAAGUCGUCAAGCUCCGCCGUGCAUCCCUCCUCAUCUCCAUGUUUCUGUAAGAUCAAACUCAAAAACUUUCCACCGCAGACCGCCGCCAUCCCCUACAUUCCGUUGGAGACCACUCAGUUCCCGGAGAUCCAAACCCUCGCCGCCACGUUCCAUCUCAGCAGCUCAGAUAUCAAACGCCUAGCGUCCAGAUCCAUCUUCGCUUCGAAGCCGUCUCUCAAGAUCUUCAUCUACACGGGAAGCGCCGGAGCUGCGUGCGGCGUAAACUCCGGCGGUCUUCUGGCGGAAGUCUCAGUGCCGUUGGAUCUUGCUGGGACCCAAUCGAAGCCGUGCGUGUUCCACAACGGCUGGAUAUCGGUCGGAAAAGGAGCCGGAGCUGGGAAAGCGUCGUCGGCGGCUCAGUUUCACCUGAAUGUGAAGGCGGAGCCUGAUCCUAGGUUCGUCUUUCAGUUCGACGGCGAGCCUGAGUGUAGUCCUCAAGUGGUUCAGAUUCAAGGCAGUAUCCGACAACCCGUUUUCACUUGCAAAUUCAGUUGUCGGAACACGACCGGAGAUCGUACUAUCAGGUCAAGAUCAUUGCCGACGGAGACGAGUGUUCCCCGGAGCUGGCUAAACUCGUUCGGGAGCGAGAGAGAACGUCCUGGUAAAGAGCGAAAAGGAUGGUCAAUAACGGUCCAUGACUUGUCAGGUUCUCCAGUAGCUAUGGCCUCAAUCGUCACACCGUUCGUCGCAUCUCCAGGAACCGACCGUGUGAGCCGGUCAAACCCCGGUUCUUGGCUCAUCCUCCGUCCCGGAGACGGCACAUGGAAGCCCUGGGGACGACUUGAGGCGUGGCGCGAACGCGGCGGAGCCACUGAUGGGCUGGGUUAUAGAUUUGAACUCAUCCUAGACGGGUCAAGCGGUGCAGGGAUCGUGCUUGCGGAGUCGAGUAUUAGUUCUCACAGAGGUGGGAAGUUCUCGAUCGAAUUGGGAUCGUCGCCAACAGGUGGUGGUGUGGGCCGAACGAGGAGUCGUGGCGGCGGAAGCGGUGGAGCGUCGCCGGCUAAUAGUCCGAGAGGAGGGAGCGUACAGAAAGGGUUUGUGAUGGCAGCGAGUGUGGAAGGUGAAGGGAAGUGUAGUAAGCCUUGUGUAGAGGUUAGCGUGCAACACGUUAGCUGUAUGGAGGAUGCAGCUGCUUACGUGGCGCUUUCUGCAGCCGUUGAUCUUAGUAUGGAUGCUUGCAGGUUGUUUAAUCAACGGAUGAGGAAAGAGCUUUGUUACCAUAGUGAGUCACUCGGCUGAAGAUUUUUAUUUUUGUUUACAAAAAGUAGUCACAAAAUGGCCUUCGAGUUUUUUUUUUCUUUUUGGGAAAAAGAUCUUCAGUAAGGCACUAACAAAUUAGGUUGUACAUAGUGAGUUUGCAUUUUGGACUUUGUGUGGCUUCGUAUUGUUUUUUUUUUGUGCGAGUGAGGUGAAGAGUGAGUUUCUUUUGUCACUCUUCAUCUGACUUUGAUCUGAUUAUGCAAGUGUAUAAAUUUAGUAAAUCAAAAAGAAAGUUUGCUUUA